GCAAGUUGUGGAUGAAGCAGGUGUGGUCGUGCAGGCUGCCGUCCAGGCUGUGCCUGCAAAUUUACCGCAGGUGCAUAUCAACACCGCGCAACGAGUUGGCUUCGACACGCUUCAGGUCUGCUCUUGUUGUAAAUUUCAGAAAUUUUCUGAGUUUCACGGUAAAGAUAAAAUUAAAUUGGUGGUAGAACAAGUAAUGAAGACCUUUUUCUCCAAAUUGAUUUGGCAAGUCUGUUAUAGCUUAAACAGGGCAGUUUAUUUGUUUCGAGUAGCUCUGGAGUGACGCACUUUGUCUUUGUCUUUCUGACAGGUUUUCUUCGUCUUGAUGACGCGUCACAAGGAUUUGGAGAUCCUGCGGCUGUCAGUGGAGGAAGUUUAUAAGACGAAGUUAGCUCGCAUUGCAGGGACUCAAGUUUUGAUGGGUAUGACGUAUGCCAACAGGAUCGAGAAUUUCUUUCGGAUGGCUUUUGAAGAAGCUCUAGGGCAGCAGAUUGAGAGGUAUGUCGUAUCUUGGCCAAGUUCUUCUUUUCUCUUGGUCUGUUCGCGGAAAGCCCGACGAGCGUCGAUCUGCCACUGGAAAGUGGUUGCUCAGAUGAAAAUUGCACCGAGUAGUUUAGAGGUUGAUUCGUAGUAAAAAUUUUCGAUAUGUGUCUUACUUUCUCUUUUGGUAUUUGUCUCACUUUCUCCGUAUAGGUUGCUGACUACGAAGUUGAGUGACCAGCUACAGGCCAAGAUGCUGUCGCUGUACUCCCCCGAACGUAAGCCAUACGGUGGCUUCGCGAUGAUGAGCGCAGCGGCUCCGUACGGUCAACAGUAUGGCCACCAGCAACAAGCUAUGGUGAAGGGUGGACAGAAAGGAAAGGGUAAGAAAGGUGGAGAUGGUCCUAGAUAUUGUUUUGAUUGGUUGAAUCUUCCUCAUGGGUCGAGAGGAAUGGUCUGUAGUAACCCAUCGUGUUCAUUUGUGCAUAGUCUUCCUCCGACUAAGGAAGAAGCUUUACAACUUCGUGGCUUCGCCAGUAGGGCUCUCAGAAGCUGGAAUGUUGAGGCUGAUUACGCAACUAAUACAAGUGAUUCGAAUUCAACUACAGCAUCGAGUAACACACCCGUGAUCGCUAUCGCAAAUGUAGCAAAUCCGGCUUCGGGUGCAGGAGUCCCGCCUGCGGCCCCACCGGCGUAG